AACCAUUUGCUGAUUCUCCGUGAACGCGUAGACCUGAAGGAGUUCCAUCUGGAGUACAGCUUGGUGGUCGGGGUCAGCCGGCUCAGUGCUAAGUCUGAUGAAGCCAACCUAUGGAUCCGCCAUGCGUUACAGUACAAGGCUCAGACUGUCAAGAUUGUCAAUCAAAGCGAACUUCUACAGCUUCUUCCCUCGGUAUUCACUUCAACGUACUUGAAAAGACUGCACAUUACCAAUGCUCAACUGAUCCGAGGUUUCUUUGACCGCCUCCGGAAAGGCUGCCCAGCAUUGGAAUAUCUCUUCCUAUCGACCUGCGACAUUGAGGACCUUGACAUUUUCUCCGACACACUCAAGGUUUUGAUCCUCUCUGAUGCUAUCGGGUUCUCAUUCUCAUUUGAGCACGAUGCCCAAGUCUCUAUUUCUGCUCCAAGCCUCAUUUCUCUGUCCGUCGAAGAGUGUCCUUCCGGGGCCAGGCUACCUAUACUAAAGAACAUGUCAUCACUAGAGACUGCAUCAGUAUUGCUUUCAGAAGGAGAUAUCACAACUUGUGAUGCUGAUGGUAUCAGGCAGUUUCUCGGGGGCCUCUCUGGUGUUAGAAGUUUGGAUUUCUAUUAUGGGGAUAGACAGCUGGAGGUGAAAAAUAAUCACGGAUGGUGCCCAACAUUCAACAAUCUUACAAACCUGACCCUUGAUAGGUGGUGCAUGCAUGCGGACUUAUAUGCCAUGAUAGUCUUCCUUCAGAACUCACCUAAUCUGAAGAAGCUAACUCUUAAACUAAACGAGCCACGAUAUCACAACGAGGUUGUAUCUGCAGUCAUCGGCGAGCUGGAGGAUAGAUCGUUUACAUGUGAACAGCUUGAGAUUGUCGAAAUCAUAUGCUCGAAGGGAAAUGAGCUGCUGCUACUUGGGUUGAAUCAGUUUUUGGUAGAAGAGAGUGGCAUAAGGCCUGAUCAGAUGCGUGUCAGUCACCAGAACUAAGGCCGAUGCGAGUCAUCCGAUUGUUUCAAGUCCCACUACAGGUGAAAUUACAUGGAAUCACUCAUUGGCAUAUCACAUGGCAGGCAAACAUUGCUUCCCCUUGGAUCUAUAUUCGCUCGCUCUGGUUUAGUUGGAAUGAACAUAGCAUGUGUGUUUGCUGCCCUUGUCUUUU